AUGUCGGGUCAACUCCAAGGCCAGUACGGCGGAUACGGCCAGCAGCAGCAGUAUCAGUAUCAACAGGGCGAAUACGCUGGCUCACAAGGUCCGGCGUACGGUCGUCCCCCUCAGCCCAACCAGGGCUUCGAGCGUCCGAUGCCGCACCCUCAACGGCAGAGCAGCUACGGCCUUCCUCCUCCGAUCAACACGCAGGACCCUCGCGUGCGCAACGGUAGCCAGCAAGGCUCGUCUGGGUCAGCGUCGCCCAUCGGACCUCCUCCUGGACGUCCUUACCCCUCCAGCGGCCCUCCCUCUGCGUCCCGCCAGUCUCCCGUCCCGACAGUCUCGACGCAGUCCCACCACGUCCGCGAGGGAUCGUCGAUCACGCCGCAGACGACCCGUCCGACGAGCCAGCUUCCCUCUCACGGCAGCUCGAGGUCGCUGGCUUCGCAAGCCGCGCCGCAAACGAUUGCCGGCGAGCCUCUGCACGACCUCGGCAGGGCCGUUGCUCUCCUCAAGAGCAGCAAGUUCUACGCUGAAGGCUUCUUGAUGAAGAAGGUUGAGGCGGGUCCUGACGGCAAGGCCCCGACUGGUGCGGACGGGCAGUGGGCGAAAUGGUUCGUCCAGCUGAGCGGGACCAUCAUGUCGACGUGGAACGCCGCCGACAUGGAGGACGCCGCUCGCAACAAUCGAACGGUCCCGCCGCAGUACCUCAACUUGCAAGACGCCUUCGUCCAUCCUUUCCCGCCUCACGGUCGCGGCUCGAAGUCACCGACGCAGUUCCAGUUCGCCUUGAACAGCGCCGGCGCGAACAGGAUUCUCUUCUGCGCGCCGAGCCUCCAGUCAUUGACGAUGUGGAUCAAUGCCAUCCGCCUCUCGACUUGGGAACGCUCCCGCUGCAACGAGAUCUGGACAGGCUCGUUGCUCGGUCUUCGCGAGCCAAAGCCGCUCGGCUGGCAAGGCUUCGACGCCGGUCUUCCUGCGCCUGGCGGCGGCAAGGCAACGCCUGGACGCUUCGAAGGAUGGCUCAAGGUCCGCUUACCGGGCGACACAGAGUGGCGCCGUGUUUGGGCUGUCCUGCUCCGCGGCAGCAGCGUGCCGACUCGUUCGUCGAUGAUCGGCGGUCCGGCAGCUGUGCAGGCAGAGGAGAAGAAGUCGCGGCGCUCGAGUCUGCUGAGCUUCGGCGGGAAGAAGGACAAAAAGGAGGAGGUCGUCAUCGAGGACUUGCCGGGAGAAGGCGCCAUCUCGACCUUUGCCUUCUUCGACCGCAAGCCGGGGAAAAAGGAGCUCCCGAUUUGCAUCGUCCAGCACGUCUUCUACAUCGCCGCCAUCUUUCCCGAGUCCGAGGCGCUCAUGGAAGGCUCGACGCUCUUCAAGGUCGAAGGAACCUUCCUCAACCCGAGCGACAGCUACCUCGCGAGCGGAUGGGGCGUCGGCGGACGUGCUGAGAAGCAGGGCUUUGCCUUGCUCAUGCUCGAGGAGGGGAACUACCUCGACAUGCUCCACUGGGUCGUCGGCCUCGCCGACGCCUUCAAGCUCUACGGCCGUCCCCGCAACUUCUCCUUCGACCCUCGCGAUCCCAACUCGUUCUACUUCGCCUUGCCUAUCGGUCCGCACCGUGACCGGCAGUUCCUUGACCGCGAACUCGUCGACAACCUCAACAUCAACGAGAACCGCCCGCGAGCAGUUCGCGCGACUUUCCACAACAUCCUUUUCGACCGCAUGCGCGGCGUCCGUCCGGCUGCCCUGGCCAACGAGCCGCCUCCUCAAGCUGGACGAGAGUCGCCUGCGACGAUGGACGCGCCUCAACAAAUGCCGGACGAAACGGAGGACGCCUCGCGCCGCUUCUCUCAGCCGCCGAUGGCACAACCUCGGAACGACAGUCCGCAGCUGCCGCCGAUCCUCCCAACUAUCGGCGAAGGCUCGCUCGUUGACGACGCACAAAGUUCAGUCAGACCCGCCAACUUUGGUCAGCCGACUGAGCCCAGCCGCGGCGAGCACUACGAGCAGCCGCCAGAAGCCAUGCACCAGGAGCGUCAGAAGGUCGCCGACCGGCACACUAGUCAGUACGGCGUCAUUGAGGGCUACCUCGACCAACAGCAGCAGCAGCAGCAGCCUCAGCAAGCCGACACCGCCUCCUUGGCGGCAUCUCAAGUACAGCCGCGCGCCUUAAUCAGCGAGCAACCGGCAGACUACGCCUCGGGUCCGCGUCGACCAAGUCGCGACGCCAGCACCGCCGAGAACGAGCUCGGGACCUACGAAGCGUUCCUCUCGUCCGACAUCGCGCGGGAGACGACGCCGCCGCCCGCUCCUCAGCACAUGCCGCCGCGCUCCGAGCCUGCACAGCGCUCCUCGUACGCCGACCAGUCGCGCUUGGCGCCGAUCAACACGGCGCCGUCCCUGUACCCUUCUUCCAACGGGUCAGCUCGCUCGACGCCGCUGCAGUCCACGACCGCCGCCACCGAGAACGCGCCAGGCCGACUAGGCGUCAGCCCUCCCUCUCGGGGACACGCCAAUCAGCUAGAGAUGCUCGAUGCGUACCAGCAGUCGCCGAUGCAGUCGGCAUCUUCGCCCGUCGGCCGCCCUCUACCUUCACCGGGAGCUCCUUCUCUCGUCUCGCCGACGGGGACGGGUACCCCGGCGUCGCCUGGGCUUCCGUAUCUCGCGGCUUCACCGCAAGCCGCGCAGGCUCACUUCUCCGCCCCAGUCGCAGCAGCGCCGCCGAUCCCGCAUGUCAAUGAGACUGAGCAGCCUCGAGCCGCUCCCGCCGAAGCUCCUGCCGCUCACGACGCCCCUGAAGCGUUCAGCGCUCGACAGCCUACCUCCGAACACACCGUUGGCGCCGGACCUGUUCAGAUGCACGACGGCAAGGUCGUCGACAGCCCGGAGAACCUGCAGCUGGAGUCGCCGACCGAAGGAGCCUUCACCACCCAGCCUCUCUUCGCCGGCUCUUCGCGAUCUGCACAAUUAGAUCACGCGCACGCACCUGUCGCGCCUGUCGAGGAAGAGCCCGUCGCGCGUCGCGCUCAAACGCCGCCGCCCGUCGAAGCGCCGACGGCUUCGGCUGCUGCGCCUGCGCACGCCUCGCCCAACAAGCGCGCCUACGACAUGCCUGAAGACGCCAACAUUCACUCGGAUCUCCUCGCCGCGCUCAACUUUGUCGACCGCUCUGAAUCGCCAGAACCUGCGACGCCCCACACCAUGUCUUCGGUCGAACCUUCUCCCAUCACGGCGAGCAGGGCGUUCCACGUUGGGCCGCCGAAACACGACAUGUUCCGCCCGCCGACGCCGAGCGACGAGAACUACGGCUCGGAUGCGAAGGACGGACCGGUCGAGAUCCUCGCCAACGGCGCAGCGCGUCCAACUGCCCAGCCCGCACCAGCAACGACCCAGCCGCCGCCAUCGUCCUCUUUCCCUUCGUCCUUUGCGCAGAACAAGCGUGCUCAAGAGCGCGCCGCCGCAGCUCAGCUCGCGCAACAGGCUCAGCACGCCGCGCUGACGAAACCCGGGCGGGCGGCAGGCGUGACUGGGCAGCAGCGGAAAAAGAUGUGGGAGGACAGCGACGAGGAGGAGGAAGAGGCGGACGAGUCCGAGGAGUCCGAGGAGCAGCAUAGUACUCAGCAGGAACCUCCUCGCCCGGUCACGCAGUCCGCCUCGAACAGCAGCAUCGCUCCCUCUCCCGCCCGGAGCCGCGUCGCCUCGCCGCUCCCGCCGCCCGUUUCCAUGGAGGUCCCGCAAGACCACCUCCGCCAAGGUCGUUCCCCUCAGCGCUCUCCAGGUGUCGACCCCGUCGCUCGCCAGUCCUACCUCGACAACGGUCCGGGCCGACAACAUCCCUACCCCCACACUGCUCCGCCAGCUUCCCCUACUCGCGACUUUGACGCCGAAGCCGGCCAGCAAACGUCUCGCAAGCCGGCUCUCAACCCGCACGGUCUCCUCGCGACGGGCAUGCUCGAGAAGGAGGAGCGCUCAGCACGAGCGCAGGAGCACGCUGCUCGCGAUACCGGCGGGACGCUCGUCAGCCUUCCCGCCAAGGCGCCUCCUCCUCAGACCGGUCUCGUCGGUGCGCUCACCUCGCAUGAGCGGGAAAAGGAGCGGACCGGCGGCGUCGGCCGCGCGCUCACUGAGCAGCAGAAGGAGCGCAAGCUGGCCGAGCAGCGGCAGAAACAGCUCGACGAACUCCAGAAGCAGCAACUCGCCAUGAUGCAGCAGCAGAUGCAGAUGGCGCAGUUCGGCGGCGGCUUUGGCAAUCCGAUGUCGAUGGGCUUCGGCGGCUCGAACCCGUGGAUGAUGCCGGGGAUGGGCGGCUUCGGAGGUUUCCCUGGCAUGCCUGGCGCAGGCUCGCAGGUCGGCGGUGCUUCUCCGCCUCUGCAGCCGCAGAACACGGGUGGCGGAGCAGACUUCUCGGCGCAGCAGCAAGCGGCCUUCCAGCAGCAGCAGGCGAUGAUGGCCGCACAAGCCGCCGCUCAGCAAGCUGCUCAGCAGGCAGCGCAACAAGCGUACCUCGCCGCCAUGUCGCAGUUCUCGCAACCGAUGGCUUCGCCUGGCGGCGCGUCGCCGACUCUCCCGCCCUCCUCUUUCCCCUCGAUGCCGUCGAUGAACUUCAUGCCGACGCCGUACGGAUUCUCGCCCGCAUCGCCCACGAUGGCCACGUCGCCCUCGUUCAUGGCGCCGCAGUUUGGCGGCUUCAUGCCCGGCCACGGUCAGCAGCCGAGCAUGAGCAUGUAUGGCGGCGCUGGAGGGCUCAGCGGUGGUCAAGGCGGUGAUGGCGACAACAACGCGGCGAGGGCAGUCAGUCCGCUUGACCUCGGACGGCAGCAGCACGCGAGGAAGGAGGGCAGCGAGUGA